AAAAAUUUCAAUCUCAUCUUCGUCCUCACUCCUCUUCACAUCAACCACAUGUUUCUUCAUCUAUUGCCCUCAAAUACAUGAUUUUCACUACUUACUCUCUCUCUAGAUUUUUCUAUCUCAACUAUGGAGAAGCUCUGUUUUACAAACUCUGUUUCUGUCUUUAUGACUAUGGUAGUUAUUGUUCUUCUUCCACGUCACACUCUUUCUGCUACUCGUCCCGAGAAGUUCUACGUCAACUGUGGGUCAGACUCUAAUGUCAUUUACGGUGGUCGGACCUUCGUCGGAGAUAUGAUCUCCGGUGGUAACUCCGUUUCCUUCAACAGUAAAGGAAGUGAAGCCAGCAACCAAUCUGGACCAGGAAUCUACGGGACGGUAAGGAUAUUCAGACGCCCUUCUUCUUACAAGUUCCAACUCGACUCUGUUGGUCUACACUUUGUGCGUCUCCAUGUCUCUUCUCGGACAGAGCUUUUAACUUCUCGUUUCACCGUCUCUGCUACUUCUGGUUCCACUCAUCACUUCAAAAGUUUCUCGUUUCAGAACUUCAACGAGACUCCACGAGUUGAGGAGUUUCUCCUGAUGAUUAACUCGCCGAAACUCGAACUCCGAUUCGUGCCUGAAAGUUCCUAUGUAGCUCUUGUCAACGCCAUUGAAGUGUUCUCCGCUAGUAACGACCUUGAGAUUACACCUGAAUCCGACAAGAAUCUGCAUACGAUCUACAGGUUAAACAUAGGAGGCGAUAAAGUCACACCGGACAACGACACCUUGGGACGUACUUGGUCCCUAGACGAUGAGUUUCUCUACCAGAAAGAGCCAGCGAGAGACAUUAGAACAGCACAAAAGCCUAAUUACGAUUCGGGGUCGGUCACGGAUCUCACAGCUCCUGAUUUUGUCUACCAGACAGCUAAAGCAAUCAACCGUAGCUCCAGUGAGAUGGUGGAUAUGUUGAUGAACAUCACUUGGUCUUUUAAGGUGAAAAGUAAAACAAAGCACUUCAUACGGGCGCACUUUUGUGAUAUCUUGAAUGCUUUACAAAGCCCUGACUCCGAUUUCUAUCUCUAUGUGAACGGGUAUUUGAAAAUAGAUGUAAAGCCUUCAGAGCUAAAUAGGCAGGUCACUCCGUUUUAUAAAGAUGUUGUGGAUAUCUCUGAUGAGUCUGGACUCUUUAAUAUUAGCGUUGGUACUAAGGAGCCUCGUAAGGUUGCUGGUUUUCUGAAUGGUCUGGAAGUGAUGGAGUUUCUGAAGGUAUCUGGUUCUGAUUCUUCAGAGAAAAGUAGUUUCCGGGUUUACAUCAUUGCUGGUUGUGGUGCUGCUGGAUCAAUCCUGGUCUUGAGUUUGUUGUUUGUUGUUUUCUUGAAACGAAGGAGAUCAAAGAAGAAGAAGAAGCCAGAGGAUGAGGCCACUGUCUGGUCUCCUUUGGCACUGCACAGAGGUGGGAGUUCUGACAAUACACCUUUUGAUCCAAUCCAUAAUUCGCCAUUUCGCACCAGUAGACCUUUCGAUCCGGUCCACAAUUCGCCAUUACGCAACCUAAACUUAGGCUUGAAGAUUCCCUUCACAGACAUUCGGAGAGCCACCAACAACUUCGAUCCUCAGUGGUUGAUCGGGAAAGGCGGUUUCGGAGAUGUUUACAAAGCCAUUCUUCCUGAUGGAAGCAGAGCAGCUAUAAAGAGAGCAAAGACAGGUUCAGGACAAGGGAUACUAGAGUUUCAAACAGAGAUUCAAGUCUUAUCAAGAAUCCGGCACAAACACCUUGUUUCUCUAAAGGGUUACUGCGACGAAAACUCGGAGAUGAUCCUUGUCUACGAGUAUAUGGAGAAGGGCACGCUUAAGGAGCAUCUCUACGGCUCGGGUUUGCCGUCAUUGACAUGGAAACAGAGACUAGAGAUAUGCAUUGGAGCAGCCAGAGGAUUGCAUUAUCUCCACAGUGGCUCAGAGGGAAUCAUUCACAGAGAUGUCAAAUCCACAAACAUACUACUAGACGAUAACAACGUGGCCAAAGUUGCGGAUUUCGGGCUCUCGAAACUCGCGGCUCGUGAUCAAGAUCCGAUCAAUAUCAGCAUGAACAUCAAAGGAACGUUCGGGUACCUAGACCCUGAGUAUCUACAGACACAUAUCUUCACGGAGAAAUCAGAUGUGUACGCGUUCGGAGUUGUUCUCCUCGAGGUAUUGUGCGCGAGACCAGCUCUCGCGCACGAUCUUCCGCACGAGGAAGUGAACCUUGCGGAAUGGGCAAUGUUCUGCUUGUCAAAAGGGAUAGUGGAUGAGAUCUUAGAUACAAAGCUUGUAGGCCAAAUCGAGUCUAGUUCUUUGAGGAAGUUCAUGGAGAUCGUCGAGAAGUGUGUAAGGGAUUGCGGCGAAGAGAGGCCGAGCAUGGGGGAUGUGAUAUGGGAUCUUGAAUAUGUUCUACAGCUUCAUAUGACGCCCGUUCAAAGAGAAGCUCAUGAAGAUAGCACCGUGAUGACUAUCUCAGGCGGUGGAGGUGGAAACUCGUUGGUUGUUCCGAGGUUGAUGGUGAGUGAUUCGUUUAGCGCAAACUCGUUUGUCCAGAAUAAGAGCAGCUAUGGAGAUUCAUCGGAGACGGAGGUUUUCUCUCAGUUGAAGAUCUCUGAAGCAAGAUAA